AUGCUCAACGGCGACGCAAAGAGCAGCAGGGCGAGCUACAUUGCCACUUUUUUCUACCUCGUCAUGGCGGUCAAUGACAGCGAGAUGGAUUGCGUCCUGACCGUGUGGCUGCUGGAACAACUGAUUGACGAUGUGUGCGAUAAGGAGGAGGAAAUGAUUGCCGGGACAUUCAGUCGCAGCCUGUGGUUAUGGAGUGUCCUGUUCGGAGCUGCUGUGGCUUACACGGGUAGACCAAUUACCGUCACAGGCAGAGAGCAACUCGCGAGGUGGAGAGAGUUGUACGCUGCAAAAUUGAGCUUGGCCAGCAACGUGCUGCAGCUCGACAGCUGGCACGACGCGAAGACGGUCCUGGCGGAAGUUGCCUGGACCGAAGGCUCAGAUGCUGAGGGGAGACUACAAGACAUCUGGGAAGCAGCCGUCUUACGUCGUACGGGCUCUGCAAACCGGAUCCAUGAAGUGGACGUGACGACGUAA